GGCCAUGUUGCUCCGUCGCAGCGGUCACAGAUGGCUACGUAAAAGUCAACAACCGGUUCCGGGCGGAGUUAGUAUAAUCGCAAUCGGGAUAAUCGCGUUAUCGCGUUGCCAUCGUCGAUUUUUACACCUGCUCGCGUUUCCUCGUUCCGUGGCGUGGGCGCCGUGACGUUCUCCCGCCUGCUUUUCCCCGACACAUCGCGUCUCGACUCGCCGCGGCUGCCGCCUCUCUCGUCCGUUGUUCUGUUGUCCGGCUACGCUACGCCACGCAUCGUCCGCGCGUCGUGACCGCCGUACGCGGGGGAGGCCGCCGACGAUGAGCGCGAACAACGUGCAGGCGCUCUUCGCGUGCUCCCGGUGCUUCUCCAGGCAUCCCUUCGAGGACCUCUCACCCGGGCAGCAGUUGUGCAAGGAAUGCAGAGGAGCCUUUCCCGUAGUAAAAUGUACAUACUGCAGAUCGGAAUUUCAGCAAACAAUAAAGGGUAACACAAGCACCAUAUGUAAAAAGUGUGAGCAAAACGUGAAAUCCUAUGGAAAGCCGUCGGCUUGCGAAUAUUGCAAUACCAUUGCUGCGUUUAUCGGUAGCAAAUGCCAACGGUGUACAAAUUCGGAAAAACGCUAUGGACCACCGGUCACAUGCGAGCAAUGCAAGCAGAAGUGUGCCUUUGAUAGACAGGACGAGGAUAAGAAGGUAGACGGCAAGUUAUUAUGUUGGCUGUGUACACUGUCGUAUAAACGAGCGUUGGCGAGGACAAAGCAAUCGAAUGCGGAGAGAAGAGCGCAUAUGAAAUUGGCGCAACAGCGGGCUGCGAAGCACAGAGAACAAAAACUGAAGGGCCACAAUAAAAGACCGCACCGAGUCGAUGUGACGAAGCUGCCGCCGCAAUCCGAAGGCGGAGACACGAAUGGUCCCAUUCCUGUGAAAGCGGCGCGGAUGGCCGGCGUGCACGAUCCUCACGAUCCGAACAGCUCGGAUCACGUGGUAGCGGUUACGCAGCUCAAAGAGAAGAUAGCGCAUCUUCAAAAGCAAAUCAGCAUAAAAGAGAGCCAAUUAUUAGCAAAAGAUAGACAAAUUACUGAGCUCAAAGCGAAGAACUUCACAUCCGAGACGGAACUUCGCAAUAAGAUGAAAGCGUCGGAGAAAGAGUAUGAGGCAAAAAUCUCCAACAUGCAGCACAAGAUAUCUAGUUUGUUGAAGGAAGUAGCGUCGUUAUCGAAAACGUCCAAGCGGGGUGAUAGGGUGGCCGCUACCAAGACGGAAGCUGGGACCAACAGUGGGAGUGGAACGGACAGUCCCGUACCUUGAUAAGAGAAUUGGUUAGCUGUGACAACAUACUCAAAUGAUCCCAUAUAAAUCAUGUGAUUAUAUAUUAUGCAUAUAGUUAAUUGUUUCCAUUAACAAGGCAAAAUUGUAUUAUUUUUCUAAUUACUAUAGGAAUAUAUAUAUUAUUCUCAAUACGCACCGGAGGAAGGUCGUACUUGCAGCUCCGUUUAGGGGAGGUCGAUUAAGCAAGUGCAUGAAUUUAUACAUAAUUUAAGAAAAUAGCUUUCUUCUUCCCUUUUACUUUUCGGCGAUUGCCAGUUUUGUGCGACUCGUUCGCCGAAGGUAUCAAUUUUUAUGACGAAAGACUAGCGAAAUUCAAUUAACGCCAAUUAAAUUCCGCUUUUUGCCGCGAAGUUAUUGGCCAUGAAGCAAGAAUCGCAUUGUGGAGACUUCGAGGCAAAACACGGAUUGAUUGUACAUGUAUGUGGAAACAAUAAGUGGCAGCGUAGCUGUGGCAUUUUAAUUAUUUAUAAUAUGAUGAUGAUGUAAACAGUGAUGAAUCAGGAUAUGAUGACUUGUAGAUCAAUUUACAAUAAAAGCUGGAAAACUUA